AUGGCUGCUAGAUUCACUUCCAUCCAGCCACAAGAGCACCAGAGGUUGGACACCGGCACUGGCUUUCCCUUUCACUUCAGCAAGGAAACAAAGGCACUUGGAGACAUUAUGAAGGCUUUGCUUGUGUCUUUGUUGGGGCUGCGUCUCGUCAUGGGAAUAGGUCACUGGUGUGAACACUCAGUGGAGGACAAACUGGAGAGUAUAAUCACCCCCCGCUUGCAGCUUGAAGUGCAGUGCUCUGAGGUGUACCAGUACAACACACAAGGCUGGAGGCUGGAUGUGGACAGAAUGCGCCACACACACGGCGGUGACGAUGGCAUUGCUCUGUAUUACAAAAGACAAGGUCCCAAGGCUUCCUGCUAUAUGUUCAAGCCUGCAAACGUUGUGACUGAGCGAGUGAAUAGGACAGUACAGGCCUGCUGCGAAGGCUGGGGUGGUUCUCGCUGCACACAGGGAGUGAGUUUUCGGGGUCUGUGUUUCUCGACGUGGAAUUGUGAGGAGUUUCCUGGUGUUCAGAACUCCUCGCUAAUGUCUCUUGAGCAGUGCUGUGGUAGCGUAUGGGGUCUAAGUUGGCAAAAUGCUUCUGAUCAGACUUGCCUGUCUUGCUCCUACACACUCUUGCCAGACUCUCAGUCCCCACCCCUGCUUCGCCGGGGUCUCCUUGGUGGGCUUCGAGACCCCAAGGCCUCUGCGACCUGCAUGAGCUGGGGUGGAGCGCAUUAUCGCUCCUUCGACAGGAAGCACUUCCAUUUCCAGGGCGGCUGCACCUACGUGCUGGCCUCCUCCACUGACGGCACCUGGGCUGUCUACAUCAGCACUGUGUGUGAUGGCAGAGGGCACUGCAGUAAGGCACUGCGGAUGAUGUUGGGACUUGACCUAGUGUCUAUUCAUAAGAGCAACAUGUCUCUCAAUGGCCUCAUUUUACCACAGGGUGAACCUUUCUUUCAAAAUGGAGUGAGUGUUCACUGGCUGGGAGAUUUUGUUUUUGUGGAGAGCGGAUUGGGAGUCAGAAUCAAGUUUGACUUGGGCAACACUGUGUAUCUAACGGUUACCGCAGAACACUUUGCUGCCACGAGGGGGCUUUGUGGAGUAUACAACAGCAAAGCAGACGAUGACUUCACUAGUAGAAGUGGAAGCAUAUCACAGUACGCGGCCAGCUUUGGAAACUCAUGGCGUGUUCCAGAUCAACAGACAGAGGGUUGCAGUGAUGCUGCGGAGUUGGGCCACAGCUGUGACAUCACAGGAGAUGUGAGACUGCGUAGAGGUGCAGAAUCAACAUGUCAUCAACUCAAGGAGAGCCCGUUUUCACACUGCCAUUAUCGGGUGGAUCCAGGUCCCUAUGUUGAUACCUGCCUGUAUGUGUACUGCAGUCUUGGAGAUAGUGAGAGAGAAGGGGCUGUGUGUGACACACUAGCUAGCUACGCUCGCGAGUGUGCCCAGCAACACGUCAUUUUCAGUUGGAGGCGUCCUGAUCUGUGUGAGCGAGUGUGUCCUGGAGGUCAGCGCUUCUCGGACUGUGUGUCCUCUUGUCCCCCCAGCUGUACCUCCGCUCCCCCCCCUGCCUCAGGGCAGUGCCGAGAGGAGUGUGUGGGGGGUUGUGAGUGCCCCCCUGGGCUUUAUCUGCAUGGGGGCAAAUGCUUGCAGAAGGAUGACUGCCCCUGCUUCCACAGGCGACGCGCAUACCAGGAGGGAGACACUAUAAAACAGAAAUGUAACACCUGUGUGUGUCAGGGAGGCCAGUGGCAGUGUUCUGUAGAAAAGUGUGCAGCUCAGUGCAGUAUUACUGGAGCGAUGCACAUCUCCACAUUCGAUAAGAAGAGGUAUAACCUCCAAGCUGGUCACUGUCAGUUCACAGCUAUUGAGGAUUUUGUAGAUAAGAAGCUUGCAGUGACCAUCAAAGUAGGAGAGUGUGUAACAGGAGGCAGCGCAGGCUGCCCACAGGAGAUGUCAGUCACUGCGCACCAUACCACAGUAACUAUCACUAACACAGGCUCAGUGAUGCUGAAUGGGCAACGAGUGGCUUUGCCAGUGUUAACAGCUGAUCUGGCGGUGAGGAGACCCUCCUCCAGCUUCCUGCUGAUCCAGGCAUUUGGGGCUCAGCUGCUGUGGCACACGGAUGGCCCUCUGAUCCUCAUCACUCUGCAGCCGGGCUUUGCUCAUAAGGUGAGGGGGCUGUGUGGAACCCUAACCUGGAAUCAGCAUGAUGACUUCACCACACCAGAGGGGGAUGUUGAGAACAGCGUGUCGACCUUCGCAGCAAAGUUCAGCUACGCGUCAUGCCCUUUGCCCUCAGCAGUUACUACUGACCCUUGUAGCACCUACACACAACGCAAACAGUAUGCAGAGACUGUCUGUGCUGUUAUCCACAGUGCUGUGUUUCAGGCCUGUCAUGAUGUGGUGGAGCAGGAGCCCUACGUGCGCAUGUGCUUGACUGAGGUGUGUAGUUGCACCCCCCACCAGCUAUGCCACUGUGCUGUCCUCACUGCCUAUGCUCAACACUGUGCCCAGGAGGGGGUCCUUGUGACCUGGAGAAACCGCACCUUUUGCCCCGUGAAGUGCUCUGGGGGGCAAGUGUAUCAGGAGUGUGGCCGGGUAUGUGGAGGCUCCUGUGCUGACCUGAAGCAAGGUUGGAGCUGUGAGGAGAACUCAGGCAGCCAGACAUGUGUGCCGGGCUGCCAGUGUCCAGAGGGUCUGGUGCAGGAUGACCAAGGCCAGUGUGUCCCAGUCAGCAUGUGCCCAUGUGUGCAUGAAGGGGUGGCCCAUCCACCUGGAAGCUCUGUGCAGAUCAGUUGCAAUAACUGUGUGUGUGAAUAUGGUGUGUGGAACUGUACUGAUGACCCUUGCCCUGAGGUCAGAGUGUGUCCAGGCUCUUUGGUCUUCUCCCCUCGCUCAUGCUUAAAGACCUGCUCCAGUCUGGAUAGCCCUCAGGCUCCCUGCACUGAGCCCAUCUAUGGCUGUGUCUGUCCUGAGGGAACUGUGCUCUUGGAAGAUCAGUGUGUGUCUCCUGAUGAGUGUCCAUGUCACCACAAUGGCAGACUUUUCUUCACCAAUGACACCAUCUCUAAAGACUGCAACACAUGUGUAUGUAAACAUCGUCGCUGGCACUGCACCCAGUUGUUAUGUGCUGGCACAUGUGUGGCUACGGGUGACCCGCACUAUGUGACCUUUGACGGGCGCUGUUUCUCCUUUCUGGGGGACUGUGAGUACAUCCUGGUCCAGGAGAUGAGUGGACUGUUCAGCGUCAGUGCUGAGAACGUGCCCUGCGGCAGCACUGGAGUCACCUGCACCAAGUCUGUCACACUCACCGUUGGCAACACUGCUAUUCACCUGCUAAGGGGCAAAGCAGUGACAGUGAAUGGCAUGCCGGUGGCUCUUCCUAAGUCUUACUCUGGCAGUGGUUUGGUCCUGGAGAGGAUUGGACUGUUUGUGUCUCUUUCGUCCCGUCUUGGAGUCACUCUUCUCUGGGAUGGAGGCAUGCGUGUGUAUGUGCGGCUGGAGCCACACUUGCAAGGUCGAGUUGGGGGUUUAUGCGGAAACUUUGAUGGAGACGUGGAGAAUGACUUCACCACGAGGCAAGGCAUAGUGGAGUCCACUCCAGAGCUGUUUGGGAACUCCUGGAAGGUUAGCCCGUCCUGCCCUGAUGUCAACGAGCAGGACCUGCGUGACCCCUGUGCUAUUAACCCUCACAGAGUCACCUGGGCAAAGAAGAAAUGUGCAGUGAUUACGCAGGAUCUGUUUUCAGUCUGUCAUGCUGAAGUUCCAUACCAACAAUACUACGAUUGGUGUGUCUUUGAUGCCUGCGGCUGUGAUUCCGGAGGAGACUGUGAAUGUCUGUGCACAGCCAUCGCUGCCUAUGCUGAAGAAUGUAACCGCAGAGGAGUCUAUAUCCGCUGGAGGUCUCAGGAGCUCUGCCCACUGCAGUGUGAAGAUGGUUUGGUGUAUGAAGCAUGUGGUCCUGCUUGCUCUGAUGUUUGUCCUGGCAGCACUCCCAGUCUCAAUUCUCACUGCAGCGCCCUCUCCUGUGUGGAAGGCUGCUUUUGCCCUAAUGGCACCAUCCGCAAUGGUGACAGCUGUGUCGCUCCAGCUGAGUGUCCGUGUGAAUGGGAAGGCUCCCUGUUUCCUCCUGGAGCAGCUGUAAAUCAACACUGCCAGAACUGCUCUUGUUCUAAUGGGACGUGGCGUUGCAUUGGGUCAGCAUGCCCUUCCCCUGCACCCUGUCUGGAGUCUGAGUUCCAGUGCUCUGGCGGGUCCCGCCGCUGUAUCCCCUCUCUUUGGCUGUGUGAUAAUGAGGAUGAUUGUGGGGACGGCUCUGAUGAGAUUUGCCCUUCCACCUGCCCUCCUGGGCAGUUCCGUUGCUCUGGCGGUGCCUGUUUACCUGUGGAGCUUCGCUGCAAUGGCCAUCCUGACUGUGCUGACCAGUCAGAUGAGGAGUUCUGUGCCCCUGUCACAGCAGUGCCGGGGUGUGCAGCUGGGGAGUUUCAGUGCGCUAAUGGACGCUGCCUGUCUGCAGCUAAAAUGUGUGACGGAAGACUGGACUGUGGGUUUGCUGAUGACUCAGAUGAAAAAGACUGUGGAGUGGUGUGCUCUGAAGAUGAGUUCCGCUGCUCCUCUGGCCGCUGCAUUCUUUAUCUCCAUCGCUGUGAUGGUCAUGAUGACUGUGGUGACUUCAGUGACGAGCGGGGGUGUGUGUGCACUCCUGGAGAGUUCCAGUGCCCUGGAGAUCAAUGUAUACCUGCAAAGAGUGUGUGUGACGGCCAUAAGGACUGUCCAUCCGGGAUUGAUGAAGUUAUCUGUCCUGUUAAAGGUUGUAGUCAGCAUGAGUUUGGCUGUGCGAGUGGUCAGUGUGUGCCGCUGGGCUGGCGGUGCGAUGGAGAAACAGACUGUCUGGAUGGAAGUGAUGAGCAGCAGUGUGACCGUACUUGUGGACCUGACCAAGUCCUCUGUCUGAGUGGAGACCAGUGUGUCCAGCACAUGCAUCUGUGUGAUGGUACACCACACUGCAGAGACGCCUCUGACGAGAGUGUGGACAAUUGCGGCUCCACACGGAUCCCACCAUGUCCCGGCAGCUUCUUGUGUGAUAACAGAACUUGUGUGAACACAUCCCGUGUGUGUAAUGGCGUUCCUGACUGUCCAAGCGGAGAGGAUGAGCUGUUGUGUGAAAAGCCCAGCUCCUCACCUGCUCCUCCUGGUGGCUGGAACACUACUUACACCUGUCCUGAGUUCACCUGCAUGGAUGGAUCCUGUGUCCCUUUCAAAUCAGUUUGCAACGGAGUAGCAGACUGUCCUGAUGCUUCAUUGCUUGUGGCUGAGGGCCCCUCGGAUGAGCAGGGUUGUCGAAACUGGGGCCAGUGGGGGUCCUGGAGCCCCUGCAGCCACACCUGUGGGGCUGGCACUAUGAGCAGGCGCAGACACUGCCCCCUGGGGGACGCACUGGGACAUUGCAGGGGUGAAGAUACGCAAAGACAGCAGUGCUACUCCACUGCCUGUCCUGUUGAUGGACACUGGUCGGCGUGGACAACUUGGUCUAACUGCAGUAAAGGUUGUGGGGGAGUGGAGCUCCGUCAAAGAGUUUGUGUUCCACCACAGAAUGGAGGCAGAGCCUGCACAGAGCUUCCAGGAGAAACAGCUCUGACCACAGAGAUCAAUCCAUGUCCUCAGGAUGCCUGCGCUAAUGUCUCCUGUCCGGCUGGUCUGGUGACUCACAGUUGUGCCCCUUGCCCUAAGACUUGUGCUCACAUAUCCAGUGGCACCUCCUGUGACCCCAGCGCACCAUGCUUCACAGGUUGCUGGUGUCCAGAGGGGAAGGUCAUGGACCAUCUGCAGCAGUGUGUGUUGCCAGAGGAAUGUAUAUGUGAAGUGUCAGGUGUCCGGUACUGGCCAGGGCAGCAGGUGAAGAUGGGCUGUGAGAUUUGUAGGUGUGAGAGAGGCAGACCCCAGCACUGCCAGGCCAACCCUGAGUGCUCAGUACAUUGUGGUUGGUCAUCAUGGUCCCCAUGGGGGGAGUGUUUGGGUCCAUGUGGAGUGCAGAGCGUCCAGUGGUCUUUUCGCAGCCCAAACAACCCCUCCAAACACGGCAAAGGCAGGCAGUGCCGUGGGAUUUACCGGAAAGCUAGACGCUGUCAGACAGAACCUUGUGAGGAGUGUGAGUAUCAGGGUCGCACACAUGCAGUGAGCGAUCGCUGGAAAGUGGGGCAGUGCCAGCUUUGUCACUGUUUACCCAACCUCACAGUACAGUGUGCCCCUUUCUGCCCAUUCACUGGAUGCCCUCAGGGUCAGACUCUGAUACUGGGAGAAGGAGACAAGUGUUGCUAUUGUAAAGACAAAGCUGGCAAUGGCAGCGUCAUUGUCCCAACCACCCCAGCAGCUCUACCAAUUACCAUUGAGUCCUCCACAGCACCAAAGGAUGCACCAUUUGUGCCGACAUUUCCUCUUCCACCCGGAGAUGAGUGUUGGUCUCCUCUCGGAGUCCAGUCUCUUCCUGCCACAAGCUUUAGUGCCUCCUCCCAGCAGCCGGGUCACCCAGCCUCUGCCGGACGCCUCCAUGCAUUUGACUCCCAGAGUGACCUGCAGGGCUGGAGCCCUGAGCCAGAGCAGUACAGAGAGCUCUCAGCGUCCACCCUCCUCAGCUACAUGCACAACAACCAGGCCCCUUACCUACAGAUAGACCUGCUCAGACCAUACAACAUCACAGGGCUGCUUACCCAGGGUGGAGGACUGUUUGAUACCUUUGUGUCCAGUUUCUACCUACAGUUCAGCAGUGACGGUAGCCAGUGGUACACCUACAAAGAACUCAUCACAGACGCCCGUCCUAAAGCCAAAGUAUUUCUGGGUAACCACGAUGACCGAGGUGUGGCCCAGAUCAAGCUGGACAGGAUGGUGUUGGCUCGGUUUGUGCGAGUGAUGCCUCAUGACUUCCAGAAUGGCAUUUAUCUCCGAGUGGAGCUCAUGGGCUGUGGAGGCGGUUAUGAAUGGUUGUCCACUCGUGCCCCCUCAGUGUCCAUACCUCCCUCACUCAGGCCCUGCGGGGAGAGAGAGUUCCAGUGCGGAAAUGGCCGCUGUGUGUCUGCUGGGCCGCAAGGAGUCCUCUGUGAUGGGGUCAACGACUGUGGAGAUGGUUCGGAUGAACUCAACUGUGGCACACGUCCAUCCUCUACCCAGAGCCCCAGAGGGUGCUCCAAGGGUCAAUUCUCUUGCCCACCUCCAGGGGGCUGUAUUGAGUCAGCAGCACGCUGUGAUGGUGUCCCUCAGUGUCCAGAUGGAGCAGAUGAGAGAGGUUGUGUCCCCUACACAAACAUCACCCAUGUGACCCCCACCCCCGUUCCACUCAGAACUCCCAGCAUGGCGGCCGUUGCGGCAGCAAGCACACCAGCUACCACUACACAUGGUGGAGGCCCUGCAUACAGAGGUAUAUGCUCCUCUCCUCUGGGCCUUGAGGACGGUCGAGUUCACUAUGGUCAGCUGACCUCUUCGUCAUCCAGAGAGAAUAACCCAGCUGACGCAGGCCGCCUCAACGUCGUGCCUAAUGUUUUAGUGAUGGAGCCUGGCUGGAGCCCAUUGCCAGGAGACCCGCAUCCCUACUUACAGGUGGAUUUCCUGGAGCCCACCUGGAUUUCAGGGGUAAUCACCCAGGGCAGUGAGCGCAUGUGGGGCUACCUCACCAAGUACCGUUUGGCUUUUGCCCUGGCUGAGAACCACUUCACUGACUUCACAGAGACUGGGGUCAGGGGUUCAGCCCCGAAGAUCUUUGAGGUACGGAUGGUGGGCAGGACUCCAGUCACACGCUGGCUGGACAGGCUGGUGAGGGCUCGCUACCUGCGUAUCAUACCGGUGCAGUACCGCCACACUUUCUACCUUCGAGUGGAGAUCCUGGGCUGCAGAGGAGAAGAGCUGGUCACUCCCAGCAGCUCCAAAGUAUCCACAGUGCCCCCUGGUGUUAGAGUAGUCACUGUGAGACGUUGUGAGCCGGGUCAGUUUGCCUGUCUGAGUGGGGACUGUGUACCUGUCACAGCCCUCUGUAAUGGCAGACUGGACUGUACAGACCACUCAGAUGAGCUGGGCUGUGGCACAGUUCCCACUCCAGGGCUACCGGGGUUACAGAAUCGCACUGCAUCAACAGGAAGUCCUGGCUAUCAGGACUACACACCUGGCCCACCUGGUGUGCACACCAAGAGUCCACAAGAUGGUCGUCCUGGUGUGGCCACUGUUUCUCCUAUUGUGACAGGUGCACCCGGUGUGGGCCCUCAGGGACCAACAGGAAAACCAGGUUUACUCAGCUAUACAAAACUACUAGGAGUAGACACGACAACGCCUCAUGAUGGUGGUUUACCCAGGGUGUUAUGUGUGGAGGGUCAAUUCACUUGCAGGAGUGUUGGCUGUGUGGACGCAGAGCUUGUGUGUGAUGGACGUGAGGAUUGCCCUGACGGCUCAGAUGAAGAUCGCUGUGGUACCUUAUUAACAUUCACAAAAAUGCCUUGGUGCCCAGCCCUGUGCUCUGCCAAGCAGUUCACCUGUACCAGUGGAGAGUGUGUUCGUCUGGACAAGAAGUGUGACCUCCACAAAGACUGUGCUGAUGGCUCAGAUGAGAGAGACUGUGUGGACUGUGUGAUGUCUGCGUGGACAGCAUGGAGUCAGUGCAGUGCAUCGUGUGGCCUGGGUUCUCUGUUUCGCAAGCGAGAGAUCCUAAGAGAUGCACGGGCAGGAGGCUCCUGUGGUGGGGCUCAGUUUGACAGCAGAGCCUGCUUUCUCCAGGCCUGUCCAGUGGAUGGGCAAUGGGCAGAGUGGAGUGAGUGGUCAGAGUGCGAUGCAACAUGCAGUGGUGGUCUUAGGAUGAGAAGCAGACUCUGCUCAAACCCUCCAGCAAAAAACGGUGGGAAGGAAUGUGAGGGGAUGACCAUGCAGACUCAGAGCUGCAACACACAGCCGUGCGGACCCGACACACACUCUAAGACAGGCUGCACUAAUGGCCUGGUGCUGGUGACAGAGUUGGACUGUGCAGAGGGGAGAGUGGAGCCGUGCCCUCUGACCUGCUCUGACCUUCACUCUGAGAGCAACUGCUCCACCCACUGCCUAACAGGAUGCCGCUGUCCAGCAGGUCUGUUUUUUCAAGAUGGCCACUGUGUCAAUGCCAGCAAGUGUGUGUGCUUAUUGGAAGGGUCAGAGCUGCAGCCAGGAGAGGAGGUCAUCAUGGACAACUGCACUGUAUGUGUGUGUCAAGAGGGCAGUGUUUCCUGUGACACCUCCAGCUGUAUCUCCAAAUGUGAUUGGUCAGCCUGGUCCUCAUGGACCUCUUGUGACAGCAGCUGUGGCAUUGGCAUACAGCAGCGAUUUAGGUCUGCCCUGACUCAUUCUGGAGUGAUGCAUGUAGAACCAUGCGAAGGAGACUCCGCAGAAGCACGGCGGUGUUACUCACCCUGCCAGCCAGGUUCAGAAGGAGCUCCAUGGAGUGAGUGGACGAUGUGGUCUGAGUGCAGUAAGACGUGUUUCCAUCAUGUGGAUGCUGUGGGAAUGAGACGGCGCUUUAGGAACUGUAACCAUACUGACUCGAACCCCCCUUGUGUUGGGGAGGGGGAAGAACAGGAGCCCUGCAACACACUACACUGCCCAGUGAAUGGUGGUUGGUCUGAAUGGUCUCCGUGGUCCGAGUGCUCAUCAGAGUGUGAUUCUGGAACUCAGACUCGAGAGCGUUUCUGUAGUUUCCCUACUCCUCUGUACGGAGGCAGCAGCUGCCUGGGUCCUCACAUACAGACUCGAGACUGCAACUCCCAGCCCUGCUCAGGUGUGUGUCCCACUGGUAUGAGUUUCUUGACUACGGAGCAGUGCCAGGCUCAGGGUGGUGCAUGUCCGCGUGUGUGUCUUGAUGCCACAGCCUCGGUUCAGUGUGCUACAGAGUGUUAUGAUGGCUGCUACUGUUCUCCAGGCUUCUACCUGUUCAACAAUACCUGUGUGCCUCUCAGCCACUGCCCCUGCUACCACCAGGGAGUGCUCUACACACAUGGUGCCACUGUGCCACAUGAUGCAUGCAACAACUGCACGUGCAUUAAUGGAGAGAUGCAGUGUGGUACAGCACCCUGUCCUGUUGACUGUGGCUGGAGUGAAUGGACAUCCUGGAGCACAUGCAGCAGGACAUGUGAUGUGGGCAUCAGGAGGCGGUACCGCUCAGGGACUAAUCCGCUGCCAGCAUUUGGGGGACGUCCUUGUAAGGGCGACCGUAUUGGGCUGGACACAUGUAGCAUCUACCCUUGUAGUGCUGUUAAGGGGCCGUGGAGUGCAUGGUCUGAAUGCUCAGUGCCGUGUGGUGGUGGAUACAGGAACAGAACACGUGGUCCAAUCAGAACCCAUGGCACGCCGCAGCAGUUUAGUGCCUGCAACCUACAGCCUUGUGGUGAUGGGAGUGGUUGUGCUGUGGGUCAGGAGUGGACAGACUGUGUGAGAGAAGUGCUGCUCUGCUCAGAUUUGGGGUCAGAGAUUGCAAUGAACUCCACAUGUUUCUCAGGAUGCCAGUGCCCACAGGGCUCUGCCCUACAGGAUGGUAGCUGUGUGCCUCUGUCUCUGUGCCGCUGUGAUGUAGAUGGUGAACAGUAUGAGCCUGGAGCGGUGGUCCCUAAAGGCUGCAACAACUGCACUUGUGAAUCAGGAAAGCUGGUGAAUUGCACACAUUUUGAGUGUAACGUGGAUGGAGGGUGGUCAGACUGGACUCCAUGGAGUGUGUGUUCGGUGUCGUGUGGUGCUGGAUUGCAGUCACGCUACCGGUUCUGUUCCAGUCCUGAGCGUGCCGGCAACGGACUGCCCUGCCUGGGGCCGGACCGUCAGGACCAAGUGUGUGUCCUCUCACCAUGUAGCCGCGAUGGAGGAUGGAGUGAGUGGACUUCCUGGACAGACUGUACUAAGUCAUGUGGUGGAGGUGUGAGGAGCCGUCGGCGUGAGUGUGACAGGCCAGCCACUGAGAGAGAGGGAGACUUCUGUGAGGGGCUGAAAACUGAACUUAUUGCUUGCAAUACGGACCCUUGCCCAGUGAGUCCAUGCUCCGCUGUGCCAGGCUCUGUGUUCAGUAGCUGUGGACCCUCGUGUCCCCGCACUUGCGAUGAUUUGGCUCACUGUGAGUGGCGUUGCGAAGCUGGCUGUUACUGCACUGAUGGGAAAGUGUUGAGCGUUAACAACACCGCUUGUGUAGAGAAAGAGCAGUGUCCAUGUCUCGACCUUAACACUGGCCAGCGCGUUGACCCUGAAGACACAGUCCUCUCUCCAGACGGCUGCAACAACUGUACCUGUACUGGAGGACAGCUCAACUGUAGCAACAACCCAUGUCCAGUGGAUGGGGGCUGGUGUGAAUGGUCCAGCUGGACUCCAUGCUCUAAGACAUGUGGUGCUGAGUGGGUCUCUCGCUAUAGGAGCUGUGCUUGUCCAGAGCCCAAGGCUGGAGGGGCAGCGUGCCCAGACCAACAAGAAGAGCAUGGUGGCCUUGGGGUGCAGAUCCAAAGACAGCAAUGCCCAUCCAUCACCUUCUGUCCAGUUCAUGGUUCGUGGGGCUUGUGGAGUGCAUGGUCAGAGUGUGAUGCAUGUGCGGGUGUGUCUGUGAGAAAACGGGAGUGUAACAGCCCCCCUGCCCGGUUUGGGGGUCUACCAUGCCACGGAGAGCACAUCCAGAGCCGGGGCUGCCAUGACAACCAAACCAUCUGCUCAGACUGCGAAGGGGGUCAGGAGGAGUGGCCUUGUGGGAAGCCAUGCCCUCGCUCCUGUGAAGAUCUCCAUGGUGACACAGAGUGCCUGGACACACCCGGGUGCAGUCAGAGCUGCGGUUGCCCUGGAGACAUGGUUCUGCAGGAUGGAGUGUGUGUAGAGAGAGAGGAGUGCCGCUGUAAAUUCCACAACAGCACCACUGGGGGUUUCAGUAUCAGCAAUACUUCGUGGGAGUGGCCAGGCAGGAUGGAUUGGCAGUAUGCAAAUUCAGGAGAGAGCAUCAUCAGAGACUGCAGCAACUGCACCUGUGAUGCAGGUGUCCUGAACUGCGACUCAGUUCCUGGUUGCCAUGUCGAUGGUGGAUGGAGCCAAUGGGGACCCUGGUCAGAGUGUUCAGUCCCGUGUGGGGGUGGAGUCAAGCUGCGGCUUCGUCAGUGUAAUAACCCUGCCCCUCAGGGAGGUGGGAGAGAGUGCAGUGGAGCUGGUGACCAGCAGCAGGAGUGUAAUAGUCAUUCCUGCGCAGACACUGGCCCGUGGUAUGACUGGUCAGCAUGGUCUGUGUGCUCUGUGACCUGUGGAGGAGGGGAACAGAAACGUAGCCGUCGCUGCCGCACUCCCCCCUGCACUGGCAUGACACGCCAGAGCAAAACCUGCAACACACAGGUGUGCCUAGAGGUGGGCUGCCCCCCAGGCCGCCUGUACCGGGAGUGUGAGAGAGGUGAGGGUUGUCCUUUCAGCUGUGCUCAACUCAGCGGCCUUGAAGGCUGCUACUCAGAGGGAUGUGAGGAGGGCUGCCACUGCCCAUUCAACACCUACCAGCACAACGGAACCUGCCUGCAGGAGUGUCCGUGCCUCGUGGACAGAGAGCUCUUGACCUCACUUCAGAGAGUGUCUGUGACCCCAGAGUUAACCCCAGACCUGCAGAACAUUACCAUGGGAACAGAGCUCAGGUCUGGAGAGGAGCUGAUGCAUGAGUGUAGCUCCUGUUUGUGUCAGCAUGGCCUGUGGAACUGUUCUCUGGUGCCCUGUCCUCGUGAUGGGGGUCUGACCUCGUGGGGCCCCUGGGGGUCCUGCUCGCUCAGCUGUGGGGGUCUAGGGCAAAAAGUCCGCAGCAGAAGCUGCACUCAGCCCAGCCCCGCCCAUGGGGGUCGAGACUGUGUGGGAGCCCUACAGGAGAAUGCGUACUGCCAAACUCCAGACUGCCCAGUGAAUGUACUUCCUACAGAGGAACCUCCUCUAUCAGAUGAAGACAUAGGGUUCUCUCAGUGGUCAGCUUGGAGUACAUGUUCUAAAACCUGUAGUGAUGCAGGUGCUCCUGCAGUGAAGUCUCGUAAGAGAGAGUGCAUCAGUGCACCCUGCUCAGGACAGAACAGCCAAGAGAGAAUCUGCAACCUCCCGCAGUGUCCUGAUGGUGGGGUGUGCGUGGGUGAAGUGUGUGCCCACAGGAACUGCUCGUGGACACAGUGGAGUGAGUGGAGUGCGUGUUCACGCUCCUGUGGGGUGGGCCAGCAACAGCGCUUCAGGAGCUUCCUUGCCCCGGGCGUUAACGGAACCUGGUGUCCAGACAUCCUCAGGGGCAAUGUGGAGAACCGCUUCUGCAACAUCCGCGCAUGCCGUGUGGAUGGGAGUUGGUCUCGCUGGAGUCCGUGGUCACGCUGUGAUAAGGCGUGUGGGGGCGGCCGCUCGAUCCGGACACGCUCCUGCUCCAGCCCUCCCCCUAAAAAUGGGGGGCGGAAAUGUGUUGGAGAGAAGAACCAAGUCAAACCUUGCAACACCAAACCAUGUGAUGAGCGUGGGUGCCCACCGGGUCAGGAGUUUGUGCCCUGUGCUAACGAAUGCCCUCAGCGAUGCUCGGACCUGCAGCAAGGCAUUCAGUGCCAGACCAAUACUGAGUGCCAGCCUGGCUGCCGCUGCCCUCGAGGAGAGCUGCUGCAGGAUGGGGUGUGUGUGAAGCUGUGGCAGUGUGACUGUGUGGAUGCUGCAGGUCAGAGCUGGGCUGCAGGCAGCCAGCACCAGGUUGACUGCAAUAACUGUAGCUGCACAGAUGGACUGCUUCUCUGCACUAACCACACCUGCGCAGGGGACAGCAGCUGCUCAUGGAGCUCCUGGUCCAGCUGGGCCUCCUGCAGUGCCACCUGUGGGUCAGGACAAAGAACACGCUUCAGAUCGCUGAUUCCAGAGUCCCCAGAUGUUGACUGUCAGUUUGAGGAAGUUCAGCGCAAAUCAUGUGACCUAGGGCCCUGCCCCCCGCUGUGUCUCCAUGACAACCAGGAGCUGUCUGUCGGAGACACAUGGUUGCAAGGGGAAUGUAAACAAUGCACAUGUAUCCCGGAAGGAGAGUACUGCCAAGAUAUUGACUGUCGAGUGGACGGUGGUUGGACUCCCUGGUCUGUAUGGUCUGACUGCUCCGUGACGUGUGGCCGGGGAACACAAAUCCGUAGCCGGGCCUGUAUCAACCCCCCUCCCCGCAACAACGGCACCCACUGCUCUGGACCGGAGAGUGAUACCCAGGACUGCCAGACUGCUCCAUGUCUGGAUGACCUGUGUCCGUGGUCCAUCUGGUCACCAUGCUCGCGGAGCUGUGGUGCAGGAGUGGCGUCCAGACGCAGGCAGUGCGUGUGUGAGGAGGAAGGUGACCACUCUUGCCCUGACCACAUAGAGGCAGAGAGGGACAGAGAGGAGACUCGGCUGUGCUACAGGAGACCCUGCCCUGACUGUCCCAUGUCCGAGUGGAGUGAGUGGACGGUGUGUUCGUGUGUGUCUCCAUGGCAGCAGCGCUAUCGUGCACCGCUCUCUACUACCACUAGGAGUCAGCACUGCACAGAGCUUGAGCGGCAGAGCAGACCCUGCAAACUUCAGGACUGUCAGAACUGUACCGAGCCCUUCCAGCUGGACUGCGCUUCUCCGUGUGAGAAGCAAUGUGUUCUGCAAGGCCAGGCAGAUGCUUGCGUGGGUCAGUCGGGCUGCACGGAUGGGUGCUACUGCCCUCAGGGUCUGCUGCAGCAGAAUGAGACAUGUGUACCCCCAGAACAGUGUGGCUGUAUUCACCUCCUGCAGCAAGACUCAGGCCUACCUCUUCCUGUCACUGUCCCACAGGGGAAGCAAAUCACUGUAGGCUGCAGCACAUGCUUAUGCCAUGAAGGAUCUUUGAAGUGUGAUUCUCGAGAAUGUGAAGUGUCACUCAGUGAGUGGUCAGAAUGGACUUCCUGCUCUCCUUGUGUUCCUGCCUCCUCUCUCCUCCAAUCUGGCUCUACAGUGGACGUAGGUGAAGGUGCUGGAGUGCACGCGACUGCUGCUGCUCUGGUGUCGGUCCAGAGGCGUUACCGGGCGUGUCUGGAUGUUGACUCUGGUUUGCCUAUCAAUGGAAGAGAAGGGGAGUGCUCCAAACCGCUGGAAGAGGAGAGAAUAUGCCCCCAACCUGACAUCUGCAAAGACCUGUGCCAGUGGAGUGUGUGGGGACCAUGGAGUGUGUGUCAGGACCCAUGUAGUGGUGGAUUCCGCCAGCGUGAGCGCAAAGCCUUAGCAGCCAUCCCCGGGCCCCACUGCCCAAGACAGCAGAGCCAGUCACAGAGUUGUAAUACUGGCCUUUGUCCUGGUGAGCGGUGUGAAGACAGGGGGCGUGUCUAUGAGGCUUCCUGUGCCAAUCAGUGUCCACGGAGCUGUGCUGAUCUGUGGGAGCAUGUGCAGUGUCUGCAGGGAGUCUGUCACCCAGGCUGCCGUUGUCCUGAUGGCUGGCUGCUGCAGGAUGGUGAGUGUGUGAGAGUGGCAGCCUGUCGCUGUGGACUUCCCACAGAGAACGGCACCCUUCAGCUUACACCCGGACAGAAUGUCACAGUCGACUGCAACACCUGUGUGUGUGUAAAUGGGUCACUGGUGUGUACCGAGCAGCCCUGCCCAGUGUACGACUCAUGGGGGUCCUGGAGUGAGUGCUCAGUGUCAUGUGGCGCUGGACAGAGGACACGUAGUCGUCCCUGCACUCACACAGCAGGAGGCCCACCCUGUGCAGAGACUGAACAGAACGAGACCUGCACUCAGCCUGCCUGUCCAGCUUCUUGUAUACUGGGCGAGUGGUCCUCCUGGAGUGAGUGCAGUGCCUCCUGUGGAGGAGGAGUCUCAAUGCGCAGUAAGAGUAUUCUACAGGAGCCUGAGCCUGGAGGACUGGCCUGCCCAUCUCCUUUUGAGCAGCACACUGUCUGCAAUACCAACAGCUGUCUGCCUGAGUGUCCUGUGGGUCAGGUGUUCAGUGUGUGUGCAGGCUCGUGCCCAUUCUCCUGCCAGGAUCUGUGGCCUGAGAGUGAGUGUGUGCCAGGAGCCUGCAGCCCUGGCUGCGCCUGCCCUCCUGCUACAGUUAUGUUUAAUGGGACGUGCGUGCCACACUCUGAGUGCCCCUGCUCUCCUCUCUCUCUGUUACUGAUGUUCCCCAACAUCACAUUGAGUGCCCUACAGGAGGAGGUUCCCCCUGGGACUAUUGUACCACACCUCUGCAAUACCUGUGUGUGUGAAAAUGGAGUGUUCAGCUGCACAGAGGAGCUUUGUGAUGUGGACUGUGAAUGGAGCAGCUGGUCAGAGUGGAGCUCAUGUUCAGCAUCCUGUGGCUCUGGACUGCAGAGCUCUAGCCGCUAUGUACUGGAGCCCAGACAGUACGGGGGCCACAAGUGUGAGGGCCCCAGCAUCAGGAGCAGAGUCUGCACAGAGCCUGACUGUGCGUGUCCGGAGGGCGAGCGCUGGAGACGGAGUAUGUCAGAGGCGGAGCGUGUGUGUGAGAGGGGGUGUGUGGACAUGUACAGAGCUGAACCGCUGAACUGCACCACAACAAACACCGUCUCAGAGGGAUGCGUGUGUGAGGACGGGCGCUAUCGCAACACAGACGGCCGGUGUGUGAUCCCUGCUCUCUGUCAGUGUGAGGAGGAGGAUGGCACACUGCGAGGGCCUGGAUCUGAGUGGGAGGAAGAUUGCCAAACCUGUCGCUGUGUCAACGGCCUAAAGCAGUGUAAAUCUAGCUGCCCCUCACUUCAGUGUGAACAGGGUGAAGUCAAGGUGCUGGAGGCUGGGCAGUGUUGCCCUGUCUGCAGGAAAGAGUACACAGGAGAUCCGCUGGCCCAGUGCCACCGCCACACUGAGGUCAGGAACAUCACCAAGGGCGACUGUCGAUUGGACAAUGUAGAAGUCAGCUUCUGCAGGGGGCGCUGUUUGUCUGGAACAGAUGUGAUUCUGGAGGAGCCCUACCUGCAGGCUGUGUGUGACUGCUGCAGUUAUAGGCUGGACCCCCAGAGUCCCGUGCGCUUCCUGAGCCUGCGUUGUGCCAACGGAGAGAGCGAGCCUGUGGUGCUGCCCGUCAUACACAGCUGCGAGUGUACCAGCUGCCAGGGAGGAGAUCUGUCCAGACGUUGAGUGCCUUUGGAGGGAUGGACAACUUUGGAGAAAAAAUAUCCUGUAACACCUCCAGUAUACUUUUAUGUAGCUUGUAGUCAUUAUAUGACUGAAAUAUUUUAUAGAGUACUUUCUGAAGCUCUCAGAUCUAUCUAUAUUCUGUACAGCUUUUAAAUUAUGGGUUUUAUGAGUUAAUCAAUUAUUUUUACUCCUUUUUUACUUUUCACAUUUUUUUUAUGUGCCGUCACAUUGAUUUACAAAUUGAGCUUUAUUAGUCAAAUCUCGUGCUCUACACUGUGCAUUGUGAC